CCCCCCGUCCGCGCGCGGUGGUUUCUCCCGCAGCUCCCCUGGGCGGGCGGCGGUAGUGCAGCCCGCCGAGCCGCAGCGCCGCGCCCGUCCUCUGGGCGGCCCCCGCGCGCUCCUGACACCCGGCCGGGAAGGUGCGCGAGCCCAGCUGCCGCCGACUCCCCGCCCAGCAGCGCGGGGGCUCCGCCAGCGCCGGGCAGACAAAAGAAGCCGCAGGGCAAGGCUCGGCCGGGCGCGCGAUGGCGGGGUGCGGAGGCCGGGCGCUGCUGACUCUGUGCGCGGCGCUGGCCGCCUGCGGGGGGCUUCUGGGCGCCGAAGCGCAGGAGUCCGGGGCGCCCGGGGCGGGCAUGCGGCGGCGCCGGCGCCUGCAGCAGGAGGACGGCAUCUCCUUCGAGUACCACCGCUACCCUGAGUUGCGCGAGGCGCUGGUGGCCGUGUGGCUGCAGUGCACCGCCGUCAGCAGGAUCUACACGGUGGGGCGCAGCUUCGAGGGCCGCGAGCUCCUGGUCAUCGAGCUGUCCGACAACCCUGGUGUCCACGAGCCGGGUGAGCCAGAAUUUAAAUACAUCGGAAACAUGCACGGAAAUGAGGCCGUCGGGCGGGAGCUCCUCAUUUUCUUGGCCCAGUACCUGUGCAAUGAGUACCAGAAGGGGAACGAGACCAUCGUCAAGUUGAUCCAUAGCACUCGGAUCCACAUCAUGCCCUCCCUGAACCCCGACGGCUUCGAGAAGGCGGCGUCCCAGCCUGGUGAGCUCAAGGACUGGUUUGUGGGUCGAAGCAAUGCCCAGGGGAUAGAUCUGAACCGGAACUUUCCAGACCUGGAUAGGAUCGUUUACGUGAAUGAGAAAGAAGGUGGUCCAAAUAAUCAUCUGCUGAAAAAUAUGAAGAAAAUCGUGGAUCAGAACACUAAGCUUGCUCCAGAGACCAAGGCUGUCAUUCACUGGAUCAUGGACAUUCCUUUCGUGCUGUCCGCCAAUCUCCACGGGGGAGACAUUGUGGCCAACUACCCGUACGACGAGACUCGGAGUGGCAGUGCUCAUGAGUACAGCCCCUCCCCGGAUGACGGCACUUUCCAGAGCUUGGCCCGGGCAUACUCAGUUUUCAACCCAGUCAUGUCUGACCCCAGUCGCCCACCCUGUCGCAAGAACGAUGAUGACAGCAGCUUUGUGGACGGGACCACCAACGGCGGCGCUUGGUACAGUGUGCCUGGUGGGAUGCAAGACUUCAAUUACCUCAGCAGCAACUGUUUUGAGAUCACCGUGGAGCUCAGCUGUGAGAAGUUCCCACCUGAAGAGACUCUGAAGAGCUACUGGGAGGACAACAAGAACUCCCUCAUUAGCUACCUGGAGCAGAUACACCGUGGAGUUAAAGGAUUUGUCCGCGAUCAUCAAGGGAACCCCAUUGCUAAUGCGACCAUCUCUGUGGAGGGAAUAGACCAUGACAUUACAUCUGCCAAGGAUGGUGAUUACUGGAGAUUGCUGGUUCCUGGAAAUUACAAACUUACAGCCUCGGCUCCAGGCUAUCUGGCCAUAACAAAGAAAGUGGCCGUUCCUUACAGCCCUGCUGUGGGGGUUAAUUUUGAACUGGAGUCAUUUUCUGAAAGGAAAGAAGAGGAGAAGGAAGAAUUGAUGGAAUGGUGGAAAAUGAUGUCAGAAACUUUAAAUUUUUAAAAAAGUUUCCAAGUAGCUGCUUUUCAUCUAUCUAUAUAAUGUAAUUCAAUGUAAUGUGGCCAUUUUAUUUUAGAUUUUAUGCAGUUAUAAUUUAACAUUGGUUUAUUUUUUAAUCACUUAAGAUAAUAAUUGACAUUACUUAGAGUCUUAGGUGAAAAUAUAAGAACUUGAUCUCUUACACAGCAUUAAUUUUCCUAUAUCUGUUACACAAAUGACUCUAGAAAACACUUAAGUAAUUUUGCCAUUUAGGACUAAAUGUAAUAUUCCAGGUGUUAUUUGCAAUGCAGAACUUUUUGAGUAAUUCUAGCUUUUAAAAAUUAGUGAAGUUCUUUUCAUAUAAUUGUUGACAAUGCCACAUAAUUAAUGCCAUUGGAAAGAUCAACAGAUAUAGCUUGGGAGUUGUGAGCACUCUAGUGCAAGACUUUAGUUCAGUAUAAAUUGCCAUUUUUCUCUUGUGCUGGCUAGAUAUAUAAGCAUGACCUUGUUAAUGCAUUUUUGAUGGGAGGAAGUGUACAUGUUUAUGAAGAGGUUUUAUAAAAAUAAUAAAAAUCAAUUUCUUGCUUGUACAUACAGGGCCAAUAUUGUUAUAUCAUUUCAUCUGUUAACCCGCCUGAAAAGUUUUGGGAUUUUUCUUGAUUGCGCAGUGGCCUAGAGUAGUAUUCUGAAUGAAUAAAGGUUAAAAAAUA